ACAAUCUCGCAUCUCGACUAUCGCAGUCAUCAUCCCAGGUCCCAUUUUUGACCAUCGGGAAACUUCUUCUCUGACGUGCUAAUCCUCUUUAAAGUCGUCUCAGAUAGACCGCGACCGACAAUUCUUCCGAUUCGAGCCAGCUGAUCACCAGCCUCAACCCCAAGAUGUCGUUCAGUUUCGGCAACACAAGCUCUUCGGGCGCAUCCAACAAUAACACAACAUCGACUGCGCCGGCAUCGGGAAAUCUCUUUGGUGCUGCUACUGGAAGCCCCGGCUUCUCAUUCGGCUCGAUCGGUGGUUCCGCCGCCGGCAACAACUCAACACCUGCCAGCAACAGUUCAAGCAACUUGUUUGGUGGUCAACAAAGCGGCGCAACAGCUCAGAAGCCCCCUGGGGGCCUGUUUGGUGGCGGCGCGACCGCGUCCAAUACCACUACUACUCCGAACUCCAGCGGAAUCUUCGGCGGUGGCGGCUCUACUACUCCUGCGACAGGCGGCCUUUUUGGAGGAGGUGCUUCUACAACACCCGCAGCAACCACAGCUCCUUCAAGCGGCGGAAUGUUUGGCGGCGGCGGCGCCGCUAGUUCUACUGCACCGGCUUCCGGAGGACUGUUUGGAAACGCAGGAAACAACGCAAGCAAGCCUGCGGCCGGUCUUUUCGGAGGCGGUGGCUCUUCUACUCCUGCUAGCAGCGGUGGUGGUCUGUUCGGUCAGAACAACGCCAACCAAGCCUCGACAGCGACCUCCUCAGCUGCACCAGCAUCAGGUUUGUUCGGAAAUGCCACUACUGGAGCUGCUACUCCUGCCAAACCUACCUUUUCUUUGCCGUCUACGACACCAGCUGGAGCACCCCCUACCGAUGCCGCCAAGCCUGCCGGAGGACUGUUCGGCAACACAGGUGCCCAAGCAUCUUCUGGAGCAUCUGGCCUUUUUGGAAAUGGAGCCAAACCGGCUGCGACUUCAGCUUCUUCUGCCCAGCCCAGCACAACUGCCUCAGCAACACCCGGUGGCCUUUUUGGGGGAGGUGCACAGUCUGGAAGCAGCGCUCCUGCUGGAGGACUCUUUGGUGCUAAGCCAGCAUCUGCUCCCGCUCCCGCUCCUACCUCUGGUGGACUGUUCGGAGCAAAGCCUGAGGGUGCUGCCCCUGCUACGACCCAGGGAGGAAGCUCAACUCCUGCUGCCACUACGACUUCCCUGUUCGGUGCUAAGCCUGCAGCUUCUGCAACCUCGACCCCAAGCUCAGCACCAUCUGGUGGUCUCUUCGGCGGCGGCGCAACAACUUCUGCUGCACCCGCAAGUUCCACGACAACGACAACCGGAGGACUAUUCGGAGCCAAGCCCGCGACUACCACAGCUUCUGCAACAACUCCUGCUGCAACUACAACCGCUGGUGGUUUAUUCGGAGCUGCUGCUAGCAGCCAAGCAACAGGCUCGGCAGCUACCACCACUGCAGCCACUGGUGCAUCGACGACCACUUCCGCCCCAGCAUCAAGCUCUGCCCCUGCUUCAGCUAGCAGUUUGUUCGGCGCGAAGCCAGCCACAGAUGCCAGCAAGGACGCCAGCAAGGACGCAGCUAAACCCGCGACUACCAGUACCACUCCCGGUCCUCUAGGCGCUUCCACCACUGGCCCAACAUCCCAGAUGGCGCGCCUCAAGAACAAGACUAUGGAAGAUAUUGUAACAAGAUGGGCAUCGGACCUUUCCAAGUACCAGAAGGAAUUCAAGGAGCAGGCAACCACUGUGUCCAAGUGGGACAGAAGUCUUGUGGACAACGGCGAAAAGAUUCAGAAGCUAUACCUUGAUACUUUUGAAGCCGAGCGAGCAAGCCACGAAAUCGAGCGACAGCUUGCUGCCGUUGAGAGUCAACAGGACGAGCUCGAGGCAUGGUUGGAUCGAUACGAGUCUGAGGUCCAGGAUAUGUUUGCCAAACAGCUGGGUCCUGGCGAACAAUUGGCCGGACCUGACCAGGAGCGUGAGCGUACGUACAAGCUCGCAGAGAAACUUACACAACAAUUGGACGAGAAGUCGCGCGAUCUGUCCAAGAUGGUUAAGGAGAUUAACGACAUCUCUGGUACAUUGAACAAGGGUGCCAAACCCGAGGACCCUCUGAGCCAAAUCGUUCGUGUUCUCAACGGCCACCUCACACAGCUGCAAUGGAUCGAUGCUAAUGCCUCAUCGUUGCAAGCCAAGGUGGCCGCUGCUCAGAAAUCAAGCAGUAACCUAGGAAGUCACUAUGCUGGCUCGGAUAAUGAUGCGGCGGAGAGCUUCUAUCGCUCAUACAUGGGACGACGAUGAAGGGAAGGACUGUAAUUGUUGGAUUGGAGUUUUAGGCAAGGAAUCCAGGUAAUUCAUUAUCGAAGAUGGAAUAUGAUACAAAGCAUGCGUAGCCAUAGCGACAUGGUCAGUAAUCAGGAUGUAGAAAAAACACCUGGAACUUGAAACAUUGGAGAGUGUAAACGUGUAGAUAUUCUUGUACACUAGUUUCGACUAUGGAACAGUCAAGCUCUGAAUGAAUUGCGAUUUC